AUGCUUCGAUUGAAUCAAGCUGAGGUCGGGAAUGCACAAGAGAGAGAGGACGAAGGCUUGAAUUGGUUUGAAUUUGAUAAUGAUGAUGAUGAAAUGAAGGAUGAUGCUCCUACAACCCAUCAUUCUAAACCUCCUGUAAAUAUCCAUCAUCAUCAUCAACAACAAAUUACCUCCUCAGAUAGUGUGGAAGAUGCAUCUUGUCCUUCCGCUGUCGUUGCCAUGAUGAAUGAUUCAAGGAUUGAUGUAUUCAUGAUGAGAGAUCAUUAUGGAGAUGGCGACGAUGAUGAUGAUGAUGUCGGAGAGAAUGAAGCGACCACACGGAAGGGUUCUAACAAAUCAUUAGAGUCGCGAUCUUCAGUUGCAACCUCCGCAGCUGUUGCUUCUUCUUCGUCGGAUCUGAAUAAGGAUCUACCUUCGUAUCCACCUCCUGUAUUUGAUCCCUCUCUUCCUUCUUGCUGUACUUCUUUUUCCACACUAUGCAAGUGCUUUGAGAAAUUAUCUUCAGCAACCAAUCACAAGCAAAAGAGCGAAAUUCUGGAUACUAUUUUCACGAAAUGUCGGAAAGAUUUAUUUCAAUUUAUGAGAUUACUUCUUCCUCAGCUCGAUCGAGAACGUAUGACGUAUGGACUUAAGGAGUCAAAAAUUGCUAAAUAUUAUAUUGAAAUAUUAGCAUUGCCUCAAACCUGUGAAGACGCUUUGCGAUUGAAGAAAUGGAAAGAUCCUUCUAAGGGAACUGGCAACUCUUUUUCCGACAUUUGCUUUCAAGUUUUACAAAAGAGAGGAUGGACCUCCUCAUCGAAUCUAACUGUAUUUCAUGUGAAUGAAAAACUAAGUCUCCUCGCAUCCUGCAAUGACAAUGAUAAAAAGAAGAAAAUUCUUUUGGAUCUCUUGAAGAACACGUCAUGUUUUGAACAGAAAUGGAUUCUUAGAAUCAUUUUGAAAGACCUUAGAAUUGGUAUUCAGCUUACAACCAUUUUCAAACAAUUUCAUCCACAUGCCCUUGAGCUGUUCAACUCAUGCACUGACCUUCGAGAGGUCAUUACCAAAUGCCUUGACCCUAAAUUUACCUCAACGGUCGAGCUUAGAGUAUUCACCAUGUUUACUCCCAUGCUAGCAUCGCUUCUAACUCCUGCCAAGUUAACGGCUGAGCUCCCUAAGGACGACUUUGUGAUUGAACCUAAAUACGACGGAGAACGAAUUUUAGUCCACAAAAAGGAAUCAGAAGUUAAAUUUUUCACAAGAAAAGGAAUUGACUAUACGAAUAUUUAUGGUCCUAAAUUUGCUUCGCUCAUUGUGAAGAAUGUGAAGGCAAAAAUUUGUAUCUUGGAUGGAGAAUUCUUAAUAUGGAAUCGUGAAUUGGAGGCAUUUAAGGAAUUUGGACAUAACCGUACACAUGCACUCAGUGACACAAGUGAAUCGAAUGAACAAUUUUGCUACAUGAUUUUCGACCUAGUUUAUCUUAAAGAUCGAGAUAUUACUCAAUAUCCGUUACAGAAACGAAGAGCCUAUUUGGAGAGUAUUAUUAAUCCUGUCAGCCAUGUGUUAGAAAUUGUACCACAAAAACCAGUAACCUCUGAGAAGGAAGUUUACGAACAGCUGGAUCAAGCCAUUCUCAACAGAGAUGAAGGAAUUAUGCUCAAGGGAUUAAGUGGAACAUAUGUUCCUGGAGAAAGAAAAUGGAUGAAGCUCAAGCCUGACAGCGUCGAUGGAAUGGGAGAAACUCUCGAUUUGAUUAUUAUUGGAGGUUUCUAUGGCACGAAAUUCAAGAGAAAAUCUGUCUCUCACUUUCUCUUAGCUGUGGCAACCAAGUCCAAGCAUUCUUUUUCGAAAUCUGAUGGCUUUGAAAAUUUGGAUUAUGAACUAAUGGUUAAUGAUGAAAAUCAAGUAUUUCACUCCUUUUGUAAGGUAGGAAGCGGAUAUACCAGCAGCGAAUUAUUGGCUCUCCAAAAAGAGUUAGAACCACAUUGGAAGCCAUUCGACAAGACCAAAUUACCCAAAUUUUAUGGUUCAUGGGUUCCUGGAGCAGGCGAAUUACCAGACGUGUACAUUGAGCCAAAAAAUUCUAAAAUACUUGAGAUUAAGGGAUAUUCAUUCCAAGAUAGUACCAAAUUUAAAACAGGUAUUACACUUCGUUUUCCAAGAGUUGUAUCCAUCAGGAAUGAUAAGGACUGGAAUGAUUGCCUUGAUUUACCUGGACUUGAAGAAAUGGUCGAGUUGUCGCGAAAUGGCACAAACAAGAGAAAGGCAGCGAGCAUGGAUUCUGUCAUUUCUCAUAACGACGUUAAGAAACAGAAGAGAAAGAAGAAUACAACUACUACUACAAUACAGAACAGCGAUGGAACUGCCACGGAGGUGGCAAGUUCAUCAGCGAAAAAUCGACGACCGACUGCUGCUGUUUCACAAUUUUUCGAUCAUGACAUGUCAAAACUCGAAAAGACGUCAAACAUAUUUAAGGGCAUGCAGUUUGUGGUUUUUAAUGGGGAUGAAAAUUUUUCGAAAUAUGAAAUUGAAAAGUUAAUUGUUUCAAACGGAGGAUCAAAAGUUCAAAAUCCCAAUGAUCAUGAAAAUCAACACCUAAUUGCAGCUAACACCAAUAACAUAACUGUGAAAAACUGGAUAACUUCGUCCAAGGCAAAGAAAAAUCCACUUGGAGAUCGUGACAUUAUUCACUACAAAUGGAUUAUAGAUUCUGUAUCCCAAAGCUCAAUUCAAAGACUGCAUCCAGGAUACAUGAUUUACACUUCAGAACGGACUCAAUAUUCAUUUAAGGAACAAAUGGAUGAAUUUCAGGAUGAGUACUUGUUCGAUGCAACCGAAGAAUCUAUUAAGGUGUCCUUGCAGCUCACUAAAAAUUCUCCCGAAUUCAUGAUGGCAGAUUCACCCAUCAUUGAGACAAUCAAUACUCGAUAUAACAUCAAGACUUCAACAUCGUUCUUUAAAGGAGUUCGAGCAUAUAUAGACAAGUUUGUGAAGAUUGGAGAUGCAUCUUCUGGAGUUGUACUGUUGGGAAUGGAAACUUUGGAAGUUUUCAUUUCCUUGUAUGGAGGCUCUCUCAGUGAGCGAUUAGAUUCUUCUGUGACUCAUAUCGUGUACGAUGAAGAUGACACUUCUCGUCUCAAGACACUCAAAAGAGUUGCCACCAAGGAGGGCUUGUUUCUUGUUCCAAGAACAUGGAUCAUGAGUUGCGUUCAGGCCAAAAAAUUACAGGCAAUUCCAUCCACCAACGGAUGA